AUGAAUAUUUGCAUCUGAACUAAAUAUUUCCUUCAAUUACCUUACUGCUUUAUUUGGUGUCUGUAAUGUCAGGGAUCAUUUAAAAUUUGAUUAAGUGUGGUUUAAGCAAUAAUGCGUAUUUUUGGAAUAAAUGAGCGAAAUGAAAAUUUCACGAGUUGACUAAUUUGCUGUUGUGUUGAUGAUGAAGGACAGUUAUGGUGAAAGCAUACACGCAGGAAUACACUUACAGGCACCCAUGGGAACGAGUAACUUGUGCAUCUUGGCGCAAGUUUGCUGACCCUGAGAACAAGCGUAUAUUAUCCCAUAUCUUAGAAGUUGACACAUUGAACCGCAAGCUUGACCCCCCAUCUGGGAAGCUUUAUACCACUCGCGCUAUCACUAUCCAUUGUCCUGGACCAUGGUUUGUGCGCAAAAUUGUUGGUCAGGAUAUUUGCCACUGUGUUGAAUCAACAGUUGUUGAUGCACAGUCACGGUCGAUGCAGUUAACUACUCGUAAUAUCAGCCUCCAGAAGUUUGUAGAAGUGGAGGAGAAGAUACGAUAUGAUCCUCAUCCUGACAAUCCCAAUGGGUGGACAAUUUGCCAACAGGAGACUCGCAUCCGUAUCAAACCAUUGUCAGCAUUGGCAUCCAUGGCUGAAAAGGUGGAGCAGCGAUGUGCUGAGAGGUUCAUUCAGAAUAGUACCAAGGGAAGAGACGUCAUGGAGAGGAUAUGUAAAUAUCUGGAAGCAGAGUCUAGUGGCCUUGCUCUGUAAUUUUGCCUUGAUGAUUUCAUUUCAGGUUUUGUAGUUUAGCUCUUGGAUUUACAAAUAAAUGAGAAAAUUGCGUUAGAGUUA